AGGACUGAAUUACACCUUACCAAUGUUCAACGAAUGCAAGAAGAAACUCCACCACAACGGUAACAUGGUACAUACCUUGCCCAAGCUUGUUCCUUACACGGACAAGGAAGCUGCUUGCCCGAGGAGGAAGAGCAAGCUUGGCAUACCACCAGGACACCGUGUCUGCAGAUUUCCAGAUUGUAAAGAUAAUACCUGUCGGCACGGAUGGUGUGAGGAAACGAUGACGAGCUUCAAAUGUCACUGCCCAGCGGAAUAUCGAGGAGAACGUUGCACUGAACAAUCAGGUUCAGGUACUACCACUGCUCCUACCACUAUGACGGAAGAGGAAAGAACACAUGCCAUGUCUACUUACGGAACCACUAGCAGCCAAACUACAACAACAAAUCACUGUCUCCCCAACCCUUGCCACAACGGAGGGUCCUGUGUGGAAACUUCAGACACAUCCGAAGGCUCUGUUACAUCAUGUAUUUGCAAGACUGGGUUUGACGGUCCAAACUGUGAACAUGCAACAUGCCCAGAUGCAUCUUGGACAUCUUCCAAUGGAAGUUGCUACAAAUACUUUGCCGAGAAGGUUCCCUUUCAAGAGGCCUUGUCCACCUGCCGAAACUUGACCAAUGAACAAUCGUGUCAUGGAGACUUGGUUUCUAUUCACAGUGCAGAGGAAGAUAAUCUCGCAUGGAGACUGCAUUCCGAUAAAACUACCAGGCCGAAGUUAUGGAUCGGACUUCACCAACCAGACCCAAACAUGAUAUUUGUCUGGUCAGAUGGGACACAAGUCAUCUAUACCAAUUGGCGGAAUAAUGAACCCAGUAAUAGUGGAGGCAAUGAAGAUUGCGUUGUAAUAUCACGUAUACAUAACGGGAAAUGGAAUGAUGUCCAAUGUACACAAAGCCUACCCUACGUUUGCAAACUUUCUGUGUCGUGUCAGCUAUCCCAAGAUUUUGCCCUUGAAAGUAUAAGAACGUCAUCCUAGUUACUAUAAUAAUGAUAUUAUUAUUAAUAAUAAUAAUAACAAUAAUUAAAGGACAAGUCCACUUCAAUAAAUGUUAAUUUGAAUAAUAGAAAAAUCCAA